AUGCCGGCCGCAGAGGACGCCAUCCGCGCCGUCUCGGCCAUGGCCACCCAGCUCGGCAACAAGAUCUCCGUGCACAUGCUCGACCUCAUCAGCACCACCACCGACCUCCCGCACGGCUUCCGCGACCUCUCCGCCACAUUCCUCGACACCUGCCGCACACUCUGGGCGAUCGAAGGCGGGAUCACCGAGCUGGCGUCCGCAAACCGCGCCCUCCCCGAGAUCGUCACCGCCGAAGUCGAGAAGAAGUUCAUCGCCGCCUACACCGACUUCCAGCACCUCGAGAAGCUGAUCCUCAAGCUCGUGCAGUACGAGCACCGCGGGACCUGGGGGAAGCUGCAGCGCGGCCUGCACCGGCCGGGCCAGGAACUCGCUCGCAUCCACGAGUCGCUGAAGGGCAUCAACGAGGCGCUCACGAUCAGCGGGAUGGCGUUCCAUUGGGAGAUGGGCGAGGCGAGGCCUGAGGAGUCUGUCGGCAUCGGGUAUGCGAGUUUGGCGGCGGCGCUGGAUCGCAUUGCGAAGGGGCGCUCGGCGAUGGCCGUUAACAAGGUCGAGAGGAUGUCGCAUUCGCAGUCGCAGUCGACGGCUUCGACGCGCUCGUCCUCGACGCCGUCUGUGCCGCCCAAGGACUCGCCGUCGCAUUCGCAUACUCGAUCGGCGCAUGUGCAGGUGGCUGUGGAGCAUGAACAAUUCUCCCACGAUGAUCCGAUUGCGGACGAUACGUCUUCCAUUUUAUCUCUUAACGGAUUCCUGGUCUCCAACUCUACGCGUGGAAGCGAACGGUCGGCGUCGAUCGAGCGGCACUCACGCCCUCAACCGCCAUCGGUCAAGACGCCCUCGGCCACGACGUCCAGAGAAAGCUACGGCCGACAACACGAGUUCGUCUCCAAACCGAACAUCUCAAACACACAGCUCAAUGCGCUGAACCUGCGCGAGAGUCUCAGAUCCGCCAUCCGGGCGCGGAAUCACGGUCUACUCGAGCAAUUGCUCACGAACGGCGUCUCGCCAGACAAGGAGGAUGACUUCCAUCCCCUGGCCGAAGCCAUCACCCAACACGACCCCGAAAGCACACGGAUACUACUGCAGUACAAAGCAGACCCAAACCAGAACCCAGACAACAGCACCCUCCUCAUCCAAGCAAUCCGCGACCGCGCACCCCCGCCCCUCCUCACCCUCCUCCUCUCCGCAACCGCCGACCCAAACCGCAAAGACAACGUCGGCAAGACCCCCCUCUGCGAAGCAGUCCAAACAAACCAACCCACCCUUGUAAGCACGCUCCUCGACCACGCCGCAAACCCCAACCUCCCGGGCCCCGAACACGCCCUGUGGUCCGGCAUCCACCACCCAAACUGCCUGCGCAUCCUCCUCGCCCGCGGCGCAGACGUCACCAAAGCACCAGGCCUGAUGGAACAAGCAACAAGCGCAAACAACAUCGACGCCGUCCGCGUCCUCCUGGAAGCAGGGAUCUCCCCCAACACCAAGAAAGACGGCGUCUACACGCCCCUCUGCUCCGCGAUCCGCGACGACAGGCCCGAUCUCGUCUCGCUCCUGCUCUCGCACAACGCAGACCCAAACCUCAAAGCCUCCGAAUACCCAGCCUGGAAAUGCAUCACGCAUAACCGCCUGCACUUCCUCGAUCCCCUCCUCGCAGCGGGCGCAGAUCUCCACAAUCCCCCGGGCAUCGCCGAGUGCGCGGUCCAGAUGAACAAUAUAGCUGCGUUAGCGUGGCUCGCGACGCACAACGUCGACAUGAACGCGCGCAAUGACCGCGGCCACACACCCCUGACCACCGCGCUCCGAGAAAACAGAACGGAAAUCCUCUCCUGGCUCCUCGACCACGGCGCAGACCCCACGCUCCGCGGCGAAGACUGGCCGCUAUACAUGGCCACGAAGUCACCCUCCCUGCUCCGCCUCCUCCUCCCACACAUCGACCCCGCCCAUCUCUCCCAGCACAAAGGCGUGCUCGAGCGCGCGGUGCGCGAAAACCAGCUGGGCAGCGUGCAGCUCCUACUAGAUGCCGGUGCAUCCCCGUCCUGGAAAGCAGGCGGUGUCUUUAGCCCGCUAACCACCGCGCUACGGGAGCGGUACAAAGACAUCGUGGCGUACCUGCUCGAUAACGGGGCGGAUGUGAAUGAGCCCGGUGAGCAUCUGCCGCUCGUGAAGGCGAUCCGGCGGCUGGAGGGGGGAGAUCUGUCCAUGGUGAGACUGUUGCUUGAGCGGGGCGCGGAUCCGAAUCUCUGUUAUCGGGGGUGGAGUGCGGUGAUGCAGGCUGUUGAGGAUCGGGAUAGCGGUGUGCUGGGCGUUCUUGUGCGUGGGAGGAGGGUGGAUUUGGGUCAGACGGAUGAUGGGGGGCGCAGUGUGCUUGAGAUGGCGGAGGGGGCGGGGUGGGAGGAGGGGGUAAGGAUGUUGAAGGGGGCGAAGGGGUUGUGA